GGGGGGGACCGCUCAGCCUGCACAUCGGGCGCCGAGGCGUAGUUCCGGCCAGCUGCCGGCCGUGUCACGGCGCACACCCUCUUUCUCCUCCUCUCGCUCCCCUCCCCCCUGCCCCCUUGCUUCCUCCUCGCCGAAAGGGAAAGUGCAACGCGCGCACCUCCACAUGCGCAAGAUGAAUGCCGACGCGCCGCAGCCGGACGCCGGCGGCCUGGGCGCUGCCCUGCUGCAGCUUUUGACCCCGGAGAACCUGGCCAGUGACCGUCGACUGCGCGGGCUCUUUGACACCGCCUCCGGCCAAGCUGAGGCCCCGCUCCGGGAGGUGCUGGCCCUGCUGGGAGCCGGGCCUUCGGAUGCCCCGCCCGCCGGGACUCUGGAUCUGCUGGCCCUGACCGGGCCCUGGGCAUGGGACAGUGCCGCCCCGACCGGCGGGAGGCUCACCUACACGGCCGGGCCGGGCCUGCCGAGCCUGGCGCCGGGCUUGCAGGCUGAAGCCGACGCAUCGACCAUCUACAUUGAGAAUGUCCAGGGCCCGACCACCGAGCGCGCCCUGGCCCAGCUCCUGGGCCGGACGCUGCUGGGCAUGUCACUGGCUGUGCUCGACGGUCCCGGGUGCCGGUGCUCCCCGGGUGGUGCCGGGCAGCCGGCUGCCGUCGCCGACCUGGGGGCAGUAUCGGUGGCCGGGUUUCGCGCCGGCGGCACGCCGGCCCUGCUGGACACCUGGGCCCGGGGACUGGGCCUGGCGCCCGGGUCGCCGCCGAGUGUCGGGCUGUCGGAGCUUCUCGCGGCCCGGGCCUCGCCGGUCCUGCACGUGAGUCUUCCCCGCGACGAGGCUGGCGGUGGUAUCAAAGGCUAUGCCUUUGUGGAGUAUGCCAGCCCGGAGGUGGCCAAACUGGCGCUGAGCCGGCUGCAGCUGAUCCACUCGCUUGAACACUGUCUCUUUCGGGUGUGCCCGGCGCCCGGGACCAUUCCGCCGCCCGUGCACGAUCUCCGGCGCCUUCAUGCGCUGAGGCCACUGGAACGAUCAACAUGGAUCCAGCAGCGGGCCCUCUACCGGUUGCUGAAGGGCUUCCUGGCGGCGGCUGCUGCUGCCGCUGCCUCGCCGGCCGCCGGCCAAAUCUCCGCCACCAGUGAGGUCUCGCAUGGCGACGAUGAUUCGGUCGUCCUGUCCAGUGGGGCCGCCGACCCGCCGCCCGGUAGGGCUGCCGAGAUCUCGGCGGCUGUGGCGGUUGUGCGCCUGAGUGGCCUCCCCUCGCGAGGCAUGGGCAUCGCCCGGCUAAGGGUACCCCCCCCCCCGUGUUGCCUCGCGCCCGUCGCUGGCUCCCCUCGCCCUCCCCUUCUCCCGGCGUGCACCACCUUGCACAUGGCUAACGAGAACCUGCUUGUGUCCAAAAUCGCGCAGCGUCUCUUUGAGCUGGCCAUGGCCGACCCGGUGGCCGAGUCAAAUCUGGUCAGUGUGGACUUCCGUCGGGGCACCGCAUGGGCGCACUUCCUGCUGUCGUCGGCCGACGUGGCGGCCCGCUUUGCCGCGGCCGACGCGGCCUCCCUGUUGCCGGCGAUCGGGCUUGAUGAAGCUGCGUCGGAUGUCCAGCUGUCGCUUCUUGGCGCUGCCGAGGCCAGGCAGGUCAUCGGCCGGACGCUGGACCCAACAGGCAGCAAGCGUGCACGCGACACAUCCCCGACGCCGGCUGAUGCCCAGCAACCAGAGCAGGCGCCCCGUAAUCGACCAAACAAGGCCAAAAAACGCCGCGCCGAGCGGACUGUCUUCGACGAGGACUGAGAGGCCUCCGGGGGCAGGACACAUCCCCCCCCCGCAAAUACACCCGCCCAGAACGACCCGAACCCCGAUCUGGUAUCAUCAGUA